GGCGCACUGACACCAAAUUUUGACCCGCCAAAAUCCUAAUACUAAAUAUACUAUUUGUUUACUCCGUUUUAUUUUAUAUGAUAUUAUUUUAAUUUGAUAUAUUUUGAGUGGAAAAAGAAUUCUAAACUUAAAUUAUUUAUAAUUAUAGUAAAUAUGAUAUUUUUAGAAAUAAUUUAAAUAAAAAGGUGCCACGUAAAAUAUGACGGAUACUAUUUAUUUAUAGUAAUAAAAUAAUUUAGCAGUUUCCUAUAAUAGUUUUAAAUUAAUUUCCAGCUGUUCUUCUUCAUCACUCCAAUUAUAUACCUAUUUUCAGCUAAAUAUCAUCAAUACUUUUACACACAAAUCCCCACAAGGUCUAUUUUUAUUUUUUUUUGCAUAUGAAGUUUCUUGGAAUUUGAUCCUUUUUUAUUUUUCCCAAAUUUUUUGGAGGUGGGGUUUAUUGUGUUUUGAUUAUCGAAUUAUGAUUAUUACUUUUUUUUUUUUAUAUAGAUUUUAAACUGUUUUGUUGUUGGUUGUUAUAUUUUCUUGACAGUUUUCUUUUUCUUUGAAUUUUUAAUUUUAAUCAAUUUUAGUUAUCAUUACUUUAUAAAAAAAAUAUUAUGGAAUAAAAUAUUUGAUUACUGUUGUUAUAUUGAUUGUAUCAAUUUUGUUGGAGUAUACAAGGAGGAGAAGACUAUAUUCAAUAAAGUGCGUGGUUUAGUCAACGAGACUAGUUGAAGAGUCGUUGAAACAAAUGGAAAAGAAGCAGCAGACAGUAAGUGUUAUAGCAAGGCUGAUGGGCCUUGACGAGCUACCACCUCAGAAACACCUUCCUGUUAAGAGAAGGAGAAUACUCUCCGAGAACUAUCUCCAGAAAACGGCUUCUAUAGGUUUGCGAGAGAAGAGUUCAUUCUCUGUCGGCCUCUCCCGUGGACUGAAAACUCAGAAGCAUCGAGUAGUUAAAGAUGUAUCGGCAGCCAAGUUGAAGAUGCAGAAAUAUACUAAUUCGAGUUUUACUUCAAUAAAGGAUUCCGAAGGUACCUCACAAAGUUUACUUUCAACCAAGCAUUUGCGUACGGUUCACUCAGCUGUCGGUAAGCCAAUAGGCAAGAUGUCUGCUAGGACUACCGCUGAAGAGAAUACAUCGAGAUCUCUUCAGACGCUUGAGAGCGGUACCCCUAAAGAUGAUGCUGGAGAACGUUCUCUUCAUCAGUCGAAGAAAGUAAACGUUCAGUUUGAUCCAAACAUAGACAUGCCUCAUCCAUCGACAAGAAUUAUUGUAGUCAAACCUAGCUCUGGAAAGUAUCGUAACACCAAAGAUUACAACUCAAAACUCACAUCAAGAGCAGAAAGCCUCAGUGACGCUAUUCUGAAGGUCGAGGUUCUAAACCCGCUUUCGUCAAAAUUAUUUAGUACACAAAGAAAAGAUGAUACUUUAAAUUCCUUUUCGAAGAAGUCUUUUUCCAAAGAAUCCAAGAAGCAAAACAUUGUAAGACCGAAGAGUAAUGAUCUCCAAGACAUCGAAACAACUUGUAGAAGCCAGCGUCUUGGAGAAGUGCUUGUUUCAGAUGACUUAGAAAUGAGGCCUCAAUUUCCGGACUCCAAGCGUGAUGCACAUAAUUUUUGCAGUUCAUUCAGUGUGGACACUAAGAUCUCCGGCUCAUGCAAUCCUCUUGGCAUCAGUAGCAAGGAUGGUUGGAAGGAGGACGAGUACAUCAAGAAACCGCCAAUUCCAAACCAUUCUGCUGGUUCUAGGAUAGCCUCUGGAAGUCCUGAAGGUAUAAUCGGCCAUAAAACUUCUCAAUAUGGCUGGCAUCUGAGGCAGAAAGUAGCUGUUACGGAGAAACAUUCCAUGUGUAUGAACCAAAAGCAGAAGGCUAAUGUGGAAUAUAGAGACGUGAACUCGAAGGAAACCUAUCAGCAUAGUCCAAAUUCAGUUUUGGAGCUACCUUUCCAGGAAGAGAAACAUUGUAUCUCGGCAUUCGACGGCUUAUGUAGUGUAGCGCGGCAACUUCAGUAUCUUGAGACCAAUUCCGAUGAAACAUAUUCGGAAGGAUCUGAAAUGGAUGUCUCAAGUGAUGGAGAAUCCGAAGGAAGAUCUCCGGUUCGCCUUCAAGGUAGUGAAAUCAUAUUGAAAAACUUCAAAACUGCAGACGGCAGGGACUUCUCUUACCUGGUUGAUGUUUUAGAUGCGGCCAGUUUGCACGGCAUGAACCUAGGAAUGUGUUUUGAGACAUGGCAUUCUUUAGAAUCUCCUGUGAAUCCCUCAGUGUUUGAAACGUUGGAGAAGAAAUACGGGAAACAACUAUAUUGGCUAAAAUUGGAGAGGAAACUUCUGUUUGACCACAUAAACUUUGGGCUAAGUGAGAUUUUGCACUCAUUUCGGGAGAUCCACAUCAUGGAAAAAUCUUUAAAGAGAAGGUGCAGUUCUGUAAUGAGGAGAAGUGAUAUCGAAGAAGAGUUGUGGAGGAUGCUGGUUAGUCACGAAAAUUUAGUGCACAAGGACUUGUCUGGGAAGGCAAUUGGAAAUGAAACCAGAUGGUUGCAGGUCGAGGAAGAAAUAGGUAGCAUAUGCAGAGAAAUAGAGGAAUAUUUGUUCGAUGAGCUAGCUGCAGAAUUAGCUUUGCAUUGAGAGCGUAUAAAGUGGGAUUUUCGGCCGCUAAGUUUUACUACUCUUUCUCCCUUCAUGUUACUUGGAAUAGAUAUAGAUGAAAGUAUAGCAUGACACUAUUUGUCCUUAUAUUCUUUCAAACACGGUGUGCAAUUCUUUAAGGAUCAUUUUCUUUUUGUAGAAUAGAUACAUGUAGAAAGGUUUGGUGUAAACAACCAAAUAUCAAUACUAUUGAUAUAUUUUUGAAGUCAGAGAGCCAGAGUUUGAAAAG